AAAUGCCUAGAGGAUAAGUACUCCGAAUUUAACGCGAAACUUGAAAAAUUGGUGGCCGAUCUUGAAAAAAAUCGGCUCAAACAGAUUGAUGAAUUAGACAGCAUCAACCAAUAUGGCCGCCGAAAUUGCAUACUUAUACAUGGCGCUGCUGAAAUUAAGGGGGAAGAUACCGAUCAUAUCGCUGUGAACCUGUUCAACACAAAGCUUAACAUACCAAUCAACGAAUCUGAUCUGGACAGAUCGCAUAGAUUAAACACCAAAAAACGGAAUCAAAAUCGGCCUCGACCCAUCAUUGUAAAAUUUAGCUCCUAG